AUGAGUACGCUCCCGACCACGGAGAAGCCUGUUGCCUCCAAGGCUCUUCACCCGGCCUUCUUCAUCGCGAGUUGGAUCCUCUUCUCAAACUUAACCAUCCUCUUCAACAAAUGGCUGCUUGAUACAGCUGGCUUCACCGUGAUCCUGACAUUCUGGCAUCUGGUCUUCUCCACCCUGGCAACCCAGGUGCUAGCGCGCUUCACCUCCCUUCUCGAUGGCCGCCACAAGGUCAAGAUGACGGGCCGCGUCUACCUGCGCGCCAUCAUGCCCAUCGGCGUCCUCUACUCGGGGUCCCUCGUCUGCUCCAACCUCGUGUACCUGUACCUCUCCGUGUCCUUCAUCCAGAUGCUCAAGGCCGCCGCGCCCGUCGCCGUCCUCUUCACCAGCUGGAUCUGGGGGGUUGCCGACCCGUCCAUGACAACCUUUUACAACAUUCUGCUUAUCGUCGCCGGUGUCGGCCUCGCUUCCUUUGGCGAGAUUGAGUUUUCGUGGAUCGGCUUCAUCUUCCAGAUGGGCGGCAUCAUUUUCGAGGCCAUCCGCCUCGUCAUGAUCCAGGUCCUGCUCAAGGGUGACGAGAAUGCCCAGAAGAUGGACCCCCUCGUCAGUCUGUACUACUACGCGCCCGUCUGCGCCGUCAUGAACUUCUUCGUCGCCUGGUUCAGUGAGUUUGGCAAGUUUAACGUGGAGGACUUCAACAAGGUCGGCUUCACCAUGCUGCUACUCAACGCCAGUGUUGCCUUUGCGCUCAACAUCUCCAGCGUCUUCCUUAUUGGCAAGACGUCGGGGCUCGUUAUGACCCUCACCGGCAUCCUCAAGAACAUCCUCCUCAUUGUUGUCUCCGUUCUCAUCUGGCACACCAGCAUCACCGCCCUGCAGUUCAUCGGCUAUGCCGUCGCCCUCUUUGGCCUCGUUAUCUACUCGACCGGCUGGGACCAGCUCAAGAUCUCGAGCGCCGGCGCCGUCACGUGGUCUCGCAACGCCUGGAACUCGCACGCCCUCGAUGAGGGCCGCCUGUCGCCACUCCUCCGCCGCGCCAUCUUCUUUGGCCUGCUCACGUUCAUCACGCUCAUGGUGGUCAUGGGCUUCGCCUACAGGGGCGCCGCGGCGCCGGCGGACUGGUUUGCAAAGGUGGGCGAGGCAAGCACCUAG